AUGGCCAGCGAGGCCAAAGCAAGGGCCUCCGAAGCCGAAGCCAGGGCCUCCAAAGCCGAAGCCAGGGCCUCCAAAGCCGAAGCCAGGGCCUCUGAAGCCGAAGUUAAGGCCUCCGAGGCCGAAGCCAGGGCCUCCGAAGCCGAAGCCAGGGCCUCCGAGGCCGAAGCCAGGGCCUUCGAGGCUGAAGCCAGGGCCUCAGGGGCCGACUCCAGACCAGGGACUGCAAGGGCUGAGGACGCGGAGGCCAGGGCCGAGGUGGCCGUGGCCAGAGCGGAGGAGGCCACGACCAGGGCGGAGGAGGCCGAGGCCAGGGCGGAGGAGGCCGAGGCCAGGGCGGAGGAGGCCGAGGCCAGAGCGGAGGAGGCCGAGACGAAGGUCGUCGAGGGAAAAGCACAGAUGGCUUUCAUGCUGGACGACCUUCUCCCUGCUUUGGAACGUAUGACUGAAUUUACAAAUAUCUGGAAACUUCCAGGUUACAUCAGUCCUCUUAUGAUUAGCUAUAAAUGGUGA